AAAGAAACAUUUGAAUUUGUUUUUGAUAUUUCAUGCUAAUUCAUACAUGCAAUAAUUUUCUAUAAAAAUUUCUUGUUACACAUAUACAAUGUGCGAUUAUUGCUCUUGGAUCGAUCAGAUUUUAGCGCGGAUCAAUGCUGAGGCAAAGCCGGAGAAAAAGAAGCAUCAAAUUCAUGUAGAUCCUGUUAUAAUAGUUCAUGGAGGUGCAGGAAGAAUACCACGAAAGAAACGGGAACGUAUGCUUUUCGAGGUUAAAAAUGCAGCGAUAGAAGCGUACAGCGCCCUUAUCAAUGGUAAAUCAGCAGUAGUGGCAGUAGAAAAAGCAAUUUCGUACAUGGAAAGUCGGUCACUGUUUAAUUGUGCUAAAGGAGGUUCUUUAGAUAUUAAUGAUGAAGUUGUUACUGAUGCUGCUAUCAUGACUGUAAAUGAUGCCGGUUGUGUGGGUGCUGUUCGUGACAUAGAACAUCCUAUCUCCCUAGCAAGAAAAGUGUUAGAAAAUACAGACCACGUGCUAAUCGUUGAAAAUGGAGCUCAGAAGUUUGCCUUGGAUAACGGAAUUCAAAUUUUACCGCCGGGAACACUGAGCAUGCGCGAAUCCGUAACGUCAUACAGUUCGGGUGAAUACAAGUCGUAUGGGUCUUGCACAAUGUUCGAUUGUCCAAAUUAUUUGAACGAAAAGGAUAACGAUAAUAACGAAUGGGAAGAUAAUGCCGAAGGAAAGAAAGAAUGCGAUUCAGACUGUAUUUUGAAGCGAUCCAUGGAAGGAGAAUCGUAUCCUUAUCGCGUGUCAUCGUUUGAUUCGGACGGCUUGUUCGACGAGCCAAUACUUUUGGAGGUAUGCUUUGUUUCUUUACUUUUUUAACUAUGAAAAUAAUGCGGUAUGUUGCAAAUGAUGGAUAAGAAAAUUAUUUUUAGACUAGCGCAGUUGGGGUAGUUGCAUUUGAUCGAAAAAGACGACUCGCAAGCGGUACAUCAACGGCGGGAGAACCUAGAAAGCCGAUUGGUUCUAUAAGUGCAACUGGCACGGUGAUUGGCUGCGGCAUUUACACUGAUGAACAUGGCUCCGUUUCCAUUUCUGGCAACGAUACAAAUAUCUAUUGUUAUGCUCCUGCGCGAAAAAUAAUUCGAUAUUUAUCUGAAGAUGCUGAAAUAAGUAACGCAGUAAACGCAGUGCUAGACAAUUUUGAACAAGAAACGGGAGAGUCUAAUAUAGGUUGCAUUGCGUUGAACGCAAAAGGCGAUCCUUGCGUUUCUUUUAAAUGCUUGCAUUUUCCUUGGGCUUUUUGUCAGAAGGGUUACGUUUAUUACGGUUUAGAGCAAAAUGAAAAGUUUUGGGAGAAAGUAGAUGUGCUCGAACGACCUUUAGACUGCAUGUGCAAUUCCUCAGACGAAGAUUAAAUAGUUGUUAAUAUAAUACAUCUAUAAAUAUUCUUAUUUAUUUAUUGGUUUACGGAUAGAUAGAAAUAUAC